CCAGACGGGAGCCCCCAGGCAGGGCGUCAAGGCCAUGCCUCUGAGCACAAGGACCAGCUCUCCCGGCUGAAGGACAAAGAACUUAAGUUCUACAAGGUCCUGCAGGAGAACCACCAAAGCCUCCUGAACUUUAGCCACUCGGACAGCUCUGAGGGUGAAGAGGAUCAGUGCCACUCCUUGCCAAACAUGUGGGAAGAGGCAAGUGAGGAAGAGGAAGAUGAGGAGGACGAGGACAAGGUCCCCAGAGUGAAGAAGAGGGGUGCUGCCUCUGUGACCCUCACUGUGGUCAAGAGAUGGAAGGAGGCAGCAUCAAAGCAGCACCUUACUCCAGAGUUGUGCCACAGGUUUGUGCAGGUGUUCCAAGCCAUCCGUGCCACCACCCAGGGAGACCAGGAGGGUGCUGAGGCCAGCAAAUUCCAGGUCACGGGCAGUGUUGUGUUCAUUGCUCCAGUCACCUAUUGCAUCAGAGACCUCUUCAGCUGCCCCCAGAAGGUGCCGUUUGGAGAAGCCUCCAAGGACAGCAGCCAGGUGCUGCAGCUGUCCAUCCAGCAGUCAGUGUUGGGGGCUAGGUAGCUCCCUCUGGACCUCCAGGCUUACCUGAGCUCAGUCAUUCAGUCGGUGGCACAGUGCUGCAUGCUGCCCAAGGGGACAGUUGUCCUGCAGAGCAGGGGUGAAGGGAGACUGCGAGUGCUGGCCCUCCGGGUCCUCAUAAGAGUCUGUGGCACCAGAAGAUGCCUGGUCCUCUAGCCAACAUACAUCACGUACACGAGGAACUGUAAGUUCACCUCUCCCAGCGCCCUGCUCCUCCUCAGCUUCAUGCAGAAGACCCUGACCAAGCUGCUCGCCCUGGGACAGCAUGACUUCCUCUACAUCCACCAGCUUGCCAUCCACUUGUGCCACACUGUGACCAUGCAGGCGACACACCAGGCAGUCCACUGGCACGUGGUGCACCUCUGCUGCCGUGCCCUAAGCAGCCUCCCCCGUGAAGCUCUCCAUCCCUUGAUUUACCCACUCUCUAAGAGUUUCUUCAAACUCUUGGUUUUUAUUUACUCUCAGCAUCAAUGUCAGUUGUAUUAUUUAUUAGUGUGCUUUUCAAAAAAUAAAGUAUUUUAA